AUGUACAAACCGCGGUCGCUGUGGGAGAGCGGCUUCCUCGGGAUUGUCGCGGCGCAGGCUGCCGUGAUCACUAUCCUGGAAGUCUUCAUGCUCAUCCACUACCAGCGAUGGGUGAAUCCUGGCGCGUACGAAAUGGUCAGGUCAUACACAAUUCCGCUGAACGUCGGUCUUUUUGUGUUUGGCUGCUGGUGGCAAUUACUUCUCACAACUGACGCUCUGCGGCUGAGAAAUAACAUUCAGUUGUUUGCUCUGUGUGUCGCCAACGGCUGCUUGUUUGGGGUCAACAUCAUGCGCUACUGGCAAACCAAAGAAACAAAUGAAGAACUGCUCAUUGCCACCAUCGACGAUGGUAGUAAUCCGCUUGUGAAGACGGACGUCAGCUACUGGCCUGUCGUCAAGCCUGCACUUAUUACCUCUACUGCAUGGGUUGGAAUCAGCACCCUCGGCAUGUCUGGGUUGGCUUAUAAGUUGCACAACGACUUUGCAUGGGAAAUCUACAAGCACGUCAGUGCCGACGUAGCCCUGAGAAAACGCUACCUCGCAUACCAAGUCUUCCUCGUGCUGAUGAAACUCGGUGUCUACUUUUUCAUCGCAUUUUUGGUGCUUUACGGUGUCAUCAACGUGCACUAUGAAAUGCCUGAGUUUGCCAUCGUCAUGGCCCUGAUCCCGGCAGCUUUGCUGCAGAUCUCCUUGGCAGUGUGGUGUACCCGUAGCGAGCUAAAAGUGGGAAUGGCCGUGGUUAUCCUCCUCUUUUGCGCCGCUGCGGGGUAUAUCAUGAGCCGCAUUGCGGCCAUGGGCGGUGAAGGCCCCCGCGCUAAGACAUUGCUCAAGGAUGAGAUGCUCCUCUUCGCAUCAGUGGCCUGGCUGUUUGUCGUUGCCACGCUGGUCACGGCAAUACAAUGCAUGAUCAACUUCAAUCAUGGAUUGAAACCAAUUUUCAAGAGACAGGAGGGCGCUCAGAAGUUGGCGGAUGAGGAUGAUACAUUCCAUCUCGACGAUCUCAAAGCUCGUCGCUUUACUUUGGAUUGA